UUUACCUGGUGAGCGCCAUGGACGGGGCGGUGAUGCUUGAGUUCGCCUAGGGGGAAGCAGGUGGCCGGUUGCCAGGAAAGGGGAAGGCCCAGUCUGGGGAGUAAGAGCUGAGGCAGAGCGGGAAUCCAGACUGGGAAGGCACAUGAGACGGACAGCCCGAGCAAGCCGGGGCUAAAAUAGACAACACCCGGAGAAGGCCUGAAUCGGAAAAGAUAUGAUUUAGCAGAGGCUGAGCGUGCCCUUGCUUUCCUUUUGCCACCAGGGUGAAAGUGCUUCAGCUGGGCAAAUCGGUCUCAGACCUGAAUCUGGCACAGGAGUCGGGUUGCAGGGUGGAGUGGCAGCGCUGCUAACUCCUUCCUACAGGGACCUCGGUCCCACUUGCCCUGGCCCUGUCGACUUGGAUUUCGAAUGGGGCAAGAUCCUUCUCAGAGUGGUGCCAUGAAGCGCAAGCACAGCUUAGGACCAUGGCUGCUACAUGACACCUCGGGUCAUCUGCUCUGUGAGAGGUGGGAAGCGAUGAAUCCCCUGACCAAGUACGGGUCUCCCCCUCGCAGCUGGCUCAACCUACGAUUGGGGAUGAAUGAACGGGCCGUGACCGAGGAAAAAGUCCUGCACUGUCAGAGUCCCGACUGCGCCGAGAAGCGGAGAGCUGUAAAGGUAUGCCACCACGCCGAGUGCCAGCAGCUGAACCACAACGGCCCCCUCCACUUGUGCGAGACGUGUGACGGACGCUUCCACAGCGCCAUGCACUUUGACGGCCACAUCCGCUUCGACUUGCAAGGUUCUGUUCUGGCCCGGAACGUCUCCACGCGGUCAUGUCCGCCACGAACCAGCCCUGCUUCAGAUGUGGAGGAUGAUGAUGAAGGGCUGAUGGAUGGAAGAGGGGAUAAGAAAAGUUCAGCGCUGAAGUUGACCAAGAAAAAGGCCAGGAGGCGACACACAGAUGAUCCUAGCAAGGAAUGCUUCACCUUGAAGUUUGAUUUGAAUGUGGACAUCGAGACCGAGAUUGUGCCAGCCAUGAAGAAGAAGUCCCUGGGUGAAGGACUGUUGCCCGUGUUCGAGAGGAAAGGCAUUGAUCUGUCAAAGGUGGAUAUUUACCUGGAUCAGUCCAACACACCUCUCUCACUCAACUUUGAAGCCUACCGAUUUGGGGGCCACUACCUGCGGGUGAAAGCCAAACCUGGGGAUGAGCUCAAAGUGGAGCAGGCGGUGAAAGACUUUAAGUCCCUCAGCUUGCCCAUCAUGCACCCCUCUGCGACCGGCCCGUCCUUCCCCUGCACCCCUUCGCUGGAUCGGCUGGAGCAUCUGCCGCUUCGCAGAGAAAGCGCUGAUAUCUUGGCCCCAGGACGGCAGAGGAAAAACAUGACUGAAUUUUUGGGCGACGCCAGCAUUCCGACCCAGGAUCCUUUGCAGCACAUGGGCAGCUCCUUAUCCAGCAAUGGCAUCGAUACGUGGAAGAACCGGGCUGCCAGCCGAUUCAGCGGCUUCUUCGGUUCGGGAAACAACACCAGCCCCUUUGCCCGGGAGAUGGACAAGAUGGAGCAACUGGAAAGCAAACUGCACAGCUACAGCCUCUUCGGGCUGCCCAAGUUUCCGCAGCAGCUCCGCUUCGAUCAGGACUCCUGGGAGGAGGAAGAUGACGACGAUGCCAGUCUGUGCUUGGAAGACAGCUGGCAGGAGAUCAUCGAGGGCACAGAGGCUCUGACCCGCCGGCAAUGCCACCAGCAGGAGGCAAUCUGGGAGCUGCUGCACACGGAAGCCUCGUACAUCAAGAAGCUGAAAGUCAUCACAGAUCUCUUCCUCUGCUCUCUUCUGAACCUGCAGGAAUCGGGGCUGUUGUGUGAGGUGGAUUCUGAGCGUCUCUUCAGCAACAUCCAGGAGAUCAUCCAGCUUCACCGAGCGCUCUGGAGAAGUGUCAUGAGUCCUAUCUUGGAAAAGGCCAGGGCAAGCCGGGUCUUGCUGGACCCCAGCGACUUCUUCAAGGGCUUCAAGAUGUUUGGCUCCCUCUUUAAACCUUACAUCCGGUACUGUAUGGAAGAAGAAGGCUGUAUGGAAUACAUGCGCAACUUGCUGCGCGACAAUGAACUCUUUCGCAUCUAUGUCACGUGGGCUGAGAAACACAAGCAGUGCAACCGGCUGAAGCUGAGUGACAUGUUGGUGAAGCCCCACCAGCGCCUCACCAAGUACCCGCUGCUGCUCAAGUCUGUUCUGAAAAAGACGGAAGAGCCCCAUGUCCGGGAAGCCAUCGUCACCAUGAUCAACUCGGUAGAACGCUUUAUCAACCAUGUCAACUCGCGCAUGCGCCAACGGCAGGAGCAGCAGCGCCUGGUUACCAUUGUCAGCCGCAUUGACUCCUACGAGGUGGUGGAGGGAAGCACCGAUGAAGUGGACAAGAUCUUGAAGGAGUUCUUACGUCUGGACCUCACGGCCCCCAUCCCGGGGACGUCCCCUGAGGAGACGCGCCAACUUCUGCUGGAAGGGAGCCUCAAAAUGAAAGAAGGCAAAGACAGCAAGAUGGACGUCUACUGCUUCCUGUUCACGGACCUCUUCCUUAUCACCAAGCCGGUGAAGAAGGCUGAACGCACAAAGGUCAUCCGUCAGCCAUUGCUUGUGGAUAGGGUGGUGUGCCGGGACCUCAAAGACCCUGGUUCCUUCCUGCUGAUCUAUCUCAAUGAAUUCCGGAGUGCCGUGUGCGCCUACACCUUCCAGGCCAGUGGGCAGUCUUUGUGCCGAAGCUGGAUCGAAGCAAUUUACAACGCACAGAACUUGCUCCAGCGUCUGCGUCUGCAGGAGCACCAGCGCAGUCAGCAACUGCAGAGACUGGAGGAAGAAGAAGAGGAAGAAGAAGGCGAAAGCGGCGCUUCUGAGGCCAGCUCCCCCACGAUCCUUCGGAAAAGCACCAACAGCUUGGACUCACAGCAGUGCCUCUCUGACGGCUCCACCGAGACCAUAUCAGUCGUCGUGGUCGACACCAGCGAGGGACCCCCAUCCCCGGAUUUUGAGAUUGGCCCAUUCAGCUCGCAGUCGGACGAGGCCUCCAUCAGCACCACAGCGUCCUCCACCACCCCGACCAUGGAGCUGUGCGAGGCCCUCCCCACCGGCGCCCCCCACUGCCUGAAACCCGAGCCGGGAGCCUGCCGCUCAGCAUCCCUCGAUAGCGCCUAUGGGACCCUUUCGCCCACCUCCAUCCAGGAGUUUGCAGAACAGCAGCGACGGCAGCAGCCAGAGACUGCCGAGGAGGAGGAGGAGGAGGACUGCGCUGCCCCCCCGUCACAACGGGCCAGCUCCCCGAAGCUGCGCCGGCAGACUCCUGUGCAGCUGCUGCCCAAUAAGACCAAGGUCCUGAAAUCCAAGUCCGAGGCCAACCUCUUGCAGUUGGUCCCAUCCUUCCUGGCGCUGGAACUGUCUCAGAGCAAAAGCCUCUCUGAACUGUGCCCGGACGUGUGCCUCUCGGGCUCCUCGAGGACUGGCAGACCCCGGAGCCGGCGCGGUAGCAAAGCAGCCGGCGCGGCCCCCUGCAGCAGCAGCAGCAACAGCAGUGCCUCGGAGCUGUCUGAGGCCGAGGAGUCCCCGGCCCUGUCUGCCACCUCUGAAGGGCCAUCCCAGCAGCCCCCUUGCCGGCGGAAGAGCGACCUCCAAGGGGAAGAACUGUCUGCCACCUGCCGGUCUCUUUCAGAUCCGCAGGGAGGUAUGAAUGUGUCGGAGGAACGGAAAAGAGACGAGGGACGCCGGUGCUGGCGCCAAGAUUUCCACGUAUCUUUAAAUUAUGUAGCAUCACAAGCCUCGGGCGGCGGAAGCAUUUGUGCGCCCGCUUCCUCGUGCGUCGGGCAGCGCGGCGCCGGCACGGCCGUGAAGCGAAGGCACACCGUCUCACAAGCCGGGCGUCUGUGCCUGCACAGGGGACCUUGGGGGGGCAUGCACAUCCAUGCGGGCUGAGUGUGUACCUGUGUGCAUAUAUGUACAGGGUCUAUGUGUCCGUGGCAAUUGUGCGCAUCGUGGCUUGGGUGUGGAACGUGGGGAACACGGGAUCGUGGAGGCGAGAGAGACUCGUGCCCAGCGACGGCUCUGGCAGAACACGAAGGCUUUCCUGGAGUCGGUCAGUUACGCCCUCUUCAUUGCACUGCCCUCUGAUGCUUCAUCUGGACAGACGACAAGGACCUCCCAGGCUGGGGUGGGGGGGGGGUCUUUCUGAAAUGAUGCACUUUGGAAUGCUAUCUCAUCCAGCCUCCAGAUGAGUGAUUGUCUUAAAACCUUUUUCUGCCUAGGGCGGAAAGCCCCAAUCUCUCCCCCCCCGCCCACAAUUAACACGGGGCACAAUUCCAUGAGGAGGGGGUUCCACAGCACUUUCCUCCCCCCACCCCACCCCCUGAGUCAGAUCUGCCUGCCUUCCAUUUCGAUGAAACCUUCCACUUGGAAUGACCCCUCUUGAAGUUGGGCCAUUUAAAAAGAGCAGUCAAAGGAAGAAAAUGAGUCAGGGUGCGUUCGGAGCCAUCCUGCCCUUCUCUGCAGCUGAGCCUUGGGGGCACCCGUAGCUACGUCCGUGUGGCCAAAUGAACUGUCUGUCCCGCACUGUCCGAUCCCGAGAGGAGGACCGUGACUUCUCGAGCUGUCUUCCGCACCACGUGGCCACCGUUUCCUCCGAUUUGAUUUGGCAGCAAAUUAUACAAAAGGGCUUCAUUUGGGCCACUGGGACGCCCCUUCCUUGUGGAGACCACGCAAGCGGAGGGUAUGGUUCAAAUCCACAGGGGUAGCCAGAGAAGUAGACCCAUCCCACCCUCCUGGCACUAUUGACCAAAAAGAUCAAGGUGUCUCCCCUGCCAGGUAAGAGGGUGGCUGGAGAGACGAGAGGGUCCCAGUGGGGGAACAGAAACUGCCCCAGGGCGAGCCAGAGCUGAGAGGCUCCUCCGGCCAAUAGCAUCUGUUCAACUGUUGCCGCCUCCAACAGUUAGUGCCACGAGAGGGUCCUUGCCAAACGGCUCCUGCGUUACUGGCAACGCCACUUGGAGCUUGGCUUCACUCGCGCCAGGCUGCCAGCUGCUCUCCAAAGAGGCCGUUUGUCGAGACCUUUCAGCAGCUAGUCCGCCCCUGAAUGGUUCACCUGCAGCUCUGAGUUGGCUUUGGGGUCGGGGGUUCCAAAGGCUCCAGCUCUUCCCCUCAACCCGUUCAGAGCUGCCACUGCCCGUGCCUUUUGCACCCGGGAUGCUUCAGCAGUGCGCCACCCUGGGGGUUUGUUGCUCCUCUUGGGGUGAGCAGCUGUAUAGAGAAGGAAACUGGGAUGUUGGAAAAAGGAGAAGAGGGUCGUCUGGAUGUGCCAGGAAAUAGGUUGCGGAAAGGAGCCGGUGGAGCACACAGGGCUGCCCACUGGCCGAGGGGUGGGCAUCAGGAAGGUUAUUGUCAGGUGGCAAAUUGGGGAUCAGUAGCUAGUUCGCAACAGGAGAGCCAGCAGAGGCAGGGGACGAUCAGGCGAAGAAGAAGAAUAACAACAGUGACUAGCCCAAGGUCAUCCAGCUGGCAUGUGCUGGAGUGCACAAGCUAAUCUGUUUCACCAGAUAAGCCUCCACAGCUCAAGAGGCAGAGCGGGGAAUCAAACCCAGUUCUCCAGAUUAGAGCGCACCCGCUCUUAACCACUACACCACGAAGGAGAUCCGUGCAGCAGGGAAAAUAGAUAUCAGAGCAAUACCAGGAAUGCUGGAAGCAGCAACUGGGUGGGGUGGGGGAACAGGAGGUGUGACGGAGGGUCCUGGCUUUGAGGGUGAUUUCCAAAAGCACCUAUGGUCAGUCAUCACAUCGCUUUCAAGGCAGGCAACCAGGCGAAGAGGAACCGCCAUUUUCCCAUACUUGGGCAGCGCCGCUGAGAAAUUACCCUUCCGGCCUGAACUUGCAGCCUUCUUCACUGAAUUGCCCUGUAUUGCCUUGGGGGCAGAUAGAGAAUCCAGCCUCUCUUGAAUCACCCCUCUCCUCUGGCAAGGGGAGACGCCUGCCCAGGAAGGGCUGCAGGAUCAGAGCCCUGCAUUCAACCCACGGCAGCUUGCUCCUCCUCUUCGGGUGGCCAUAAAGACCCAUCCAGCUUUAUUGGGGAGAAUGCUCCAGAGACAUUGGCAUCAGUUGCUGACCAGCAGAAAAUGCAAUCUGCAUGGAGGAAGAGGGACCUUCCCGUUUGCUGUGGAAAGUUAGCCGGCUGAUUUGUGUGUGUGUGUGUUGAAAGUUGAAUAUUUAUUAAGCUUAAUUUUGAACCCCAUCCUGUCCCGUGUAUUCUCUCACUGGGAGAUGAAGUAUUAAUAGUCCCUUUUUUUUAAUCACUUUGUGUAUUGAUGGUUGUCCUCUUCCCCCUGCCCAGAUGUGCCCACCUGGAUGGGGGGGGGGAUUUUAUUGGGUUCUUCUGUCCAUCUAAUGCUAACAUUCCUGCUCUCUGCUGUCAGCGUCGUGGACAAACCAUUAAACAUAGACCAGAUCACCCA